AUGGAGCCUUCAGAAUUAUCAGUGCGUCUUCGAUACCUCAAUGACUCCGCGCAUUUACUGGCGACGACUUCCCCUACAGCUUCGAGGUAUCUCAUGAACCGACACAAUGCCCUCAUGUUCGACUCGAAAAUCGAGUUAUCCCAGGAACAGAAGACGAAAGCAUGCGGCGCCUGUGGAACAAUAACAACACUGGGAUGGGAAGCUAGUUCAGAGAACGAUAUCCAAAGGAAGAAGCGCAAAGGUCGACUGGGAAGUCAAGUUACGAAGCUGCCAAAGGCAAUGGUUUACAGCUGCGGAAUCUGUUCCAAGAAGACUCGAAUUCCGACGGGUACAUCUAAACCAGGUCGUAGGAGCAAGGUGCCAUUACAAUCCACAACUAUUUCUACAGCUCCGACACCACAAGCCCCUAGCGGCGAGACUAGUAACCCGCCUCAGAAAGCAGCAAAACGCAAACAGAGGAAGAAGGGUGUGUUAGAAGCUAUCCUGGCAAGGAACCACCCUCAGCCUUCCAAUACUGGAUUCGGACUGGACUUGAGUGACUUUAUGAAGAAGACUUGA